UGUUCCUAAUUAUGCGAUUAUUAUCCAUGACGUUAAAAAUAAUUAUAUCAACAACACAGGUCAACGGCAGAUAGAUUGUUGAUGAACAAUUUGAUGAACAACAUCUUUGGGAUCUGGGACUACAUGUACGUGUAGCUAUCAUGGUGCUCUAAAAUGUGUAAGGAAAUGACUUCUUCCUUUUGGUCUCUAUUUGCUGCUCUGUGUCUACUGCCAAUAAAUAAUGUAGUUCACAGCGUUGAAAGCCCUCUCUCUCACUCCUGUGGUUUAGGCAGUCAUGAAAGCUGCAAGCUUUAUGUCAGCACCAUUGAUGGUGGUCUGACAGCCCUGGAUGCCAGUGGAGUGAAGCUGUGGAGUUACGACACACAGCAGCCACUCUUCAAGUCAACUCUCAGCUAUAGUGAGGCCAGUGGUGCAGCACCAAAUAUCAUUCCUGGUCUAAACCGUGCACUCUACCAGUGGGAUGGUAUCAAACUAGAAAUAUUACCAUUCACAGCUGAUGACCUGAUUGACUCUACCCAUCUCAUGGAGGGGCGUGGGUUGUCUCUAGUUGGAUCCAAAACAAAAGAAGUCAUUGGAAUCAAUGUGCAAAACGGAAAGGCUCUGUACAAGUGUACUCCAAUCCGAUGUUAUCGCUAUGACAACAAUUCUCUAAUUCAGAGGAUUGACGUACUAAAAGUUGGAAUAUCUCGAGUAGUGGUUCGAGAGGCUAAUGAGCUCACUGGUGAAGAAAUGUGGAAUUUCACUGUUGGUAGUCUGCAUUUGUCCCUAGUAGAAGGAAUUGAAGACAAAUUCUCUUGUCACACCUCUGCCCUAUUGCCUUGGAAAUUACAGGUUGACACUGUUGGUGGAGUGCUUAAUGCUAUUGACAGGUCAUCCAGUUCUCAAGAAUCUGUUGUCUGGCAAACUAAGCUCUCAUCUCCUAUUGUGGAUAUUUGGCUUCAUGAUGGAGGACGGUUGGAAAGGGUGCAGCCGGUUUCCCUAUCUGCAUAUCCUGUGGACUCUCCUCAUCUGAUGCUUGUUAAUUAUGACAGCCGGUACUACAUUCAACCUGUGGUAGGAGUGACAGAUCAUCUAAGUGUGGCAACAACCAAGGAGAGAUUGAUGGUCCAACAAUUAGAAAGCUUUUCUAGCAGACAGAGGAAAGCUUUGGGAAGCUAUAAUCCUAUCGGGGUCUUUUAUUACGCAUUGCCCACCCCUACUGAAACUGAUUCUUUCACUGAAAGUGAUGCUGGAACCAAGUCAUUGACUGUAUACAAUAAUGGAUUUGCUCAAAUGUGCACGGCAGGCCCGAAUGGAUAUGCAGUGUACUUUUACCUGGAGCCCUCAUAUAGUGACUAUGGCACUGCUGAAGAUAAUGACUCUGGAGAAAUCUCCACUUGGGACGAGGCACCUCCUAUCCCAAACAAGCAUGGAACUUUGGUAUCCUUAGCUUGGAGUUUUACAAAAUAUAUUUUGUUCGGGGCAUUUGUGAUGAUUUUGAGUCAUAUUCGUCAUCACAAUCGUCUGAGAAAGCUCAUGAGUGAAUCAAAUGGAAACAUGAACUCAGAGAACGCUUUUUUUCCUGUGUUACAACCGCUAUGUGCUGUGUCAGGUGAAAGUAUUAUUGCAAAUGGCUCACCUAAGUCACCUGUUUCUUCUCCAAGCUCCUCCACAGAGACUCUCGUGGGAUUAAAUAUGAGCACGGAUACUAUUCCAGAAGAACGACCUAUACCCCGAUUUGAUAGUGAUUAUGAACUUAAAGGCCACUUGGGUAAAGGUGGAUUUGGUAUUGUCUAUCAUGUUCAAAACAAGCUGGAUGGUGGUGAGUAUGCCAUAAAGAGGAUCAAGCUGCCAACAAGCAAAUCAGCUAAAGAAAAAGUGAUGAGAGAAGUUCAUGCUCUUGCCCGCUUGGAUCACCCAGCCAUUGUAAGAUACUUUCACUCAUGGGUGGAGAAAGCUCCGCCAGGAUGGACUGAGAUGAAGGAAUGGAUGCCACUCUCCAGGAGAGCCUCGUAUGCUGGCGAAUCUCAGUCCCACACCACUCAUGAAGUUCUGAAUCACCACAGUAAUAUCAUUUGCAAAGAAGAUGGUAAACGGGGGAACACCAGAUCUUUGAUCAGUUUAUCUCAAAUUGGUAAUACGUCUUUGUUAAGUAGUGAAGGUUUCUCACCAUGUCCUUCAUUCAACUCUCUCAAUCACUCUACAAUUCACUCUGUCCUUCCUCCAAUAACAGCAUCUGAAUCAAGAAGCUCUUCUUUUGUAAUUGAGUUUCAGGAUGAAGGGCAGCAUAGUUAUAGUGGGUCUCAACUGGGUUAUUAUAGAUCAAAUCAAGGGGGAUGUUUCAACCGUCACCUUCUUGAUAACAGAGAUGAUCUUUCAUUAAGUAGUGCAUGUUCUGACUCCAUUGAGGACAGGGAGAGACAAGACAGUAUAACGGACCUCAUAGCAGAGCCCCCUACGUACUUAUUCAUUCAGAUGCAACUUUGUCAAAAAGAGAGUCUCAAAGACUGGUUAUCUACAAAUGUUCUGAAUAGGAAAAAGCAGAUGGUGAUGUACUUCUUUGAGCAGGUUUAUUGUAUAUACACGUAUAAUUUAUUAUCAGUUAUCGUGAUGAUUUAUUUUAUUAUACAGACGUUAGAAGCAGUUCUGUAUGUUCACAAUAAAGGAAUGAUGCAUCGUGAUCUAAAGCCGUCUAACAUCUUCUUUUCUCUUGAUGGUCAAGUCAAGGUUGGAGAUUUCGGUUUAGUAACUGGCAGUGUUUUUGCCAAUAUCGGUAGCUCUUAUCUCGCUCUAAAAUCGCUUGGAGACGACCAUAAGCAGCACACAGGAAACGUUGGUACCCAUUUUUACAUAAGUCCUGAGCAACUGUCAGCAACCAAGUACAACAACAAAGUUGACAUUUUUGCACUGGGGGUAAUUUUCUUCGAGCUUUUGUACCCUUUCAGCACACAAAUGGAAAGGGUACAAGAGUUGGACAAUAUCAGAAAUAGAAAAUUUCCCGAAAGAUUUAAGACACAUCUCCCACUAGAAGCCGACAUGGUGGAUUGGUUGAUGACUCCUAUUGCUUCAAAAAGACCUUCUUCUGAAGAAGUUGCUGAUAGCGAGCGGCUAAAAGCUUUGAAAGACUCUUACGCACGUGCAGAAGUUAAACUUGUUCCUAAGCUUUAAUUCUUUUAUACCUGUGUUUUACUUUGUCACCAUAGGAAAUCGAUAAUUAUUAUUAUGUAUUUGAAUUGACCAACGUACCUGCCCAUUCUAUAAUAAUAUUAUAUUGGCACAGGACGUUUGCUACACAUUAUUUUAGUCCA